AUGGCUAGCCCUCCAGUGCUAGCCUUCGAUGCUGAGGGGCGCCCAGUGAAGUUCGACACCUGGCUUGAUGACCUACACCUCUUCCUACAGCUCACUGCCAAGGAAGACAUCUCGCUGUACGAUCACGCCCUAGGCCACGCUACUGCUCCUGCUGCUACUGCCGACAGCACUGCUCGCUCACAGUGGCAGACUCGUGACGCCCAUGCUCGCUUCGCUAUCCGCAACUCUCUGCCGAUAGAUGAGCGCGAGCACUUUGGGCAGCACAAGACUGCACAGGCACUGUACACUGCUGUCGUUGCCCGCUACUCCUCACCGGCCUCUGCUGCUCUAGGCCGUCUCUCUCUUCCCUACCUGUUCCCCGACUUAGCUUCCUUUCACACUGUCGCUGACCUCAUUACCCACCUCCGCACUAGUGAGGCUCACUUCCGCGCCGCUAUGCCUGAUGAGUUCCUCGCUACGAACCCACCCCCGCUCUGGAUCACUCUCUACCACCUAGUCACGCGCCUCCCUGACUCGCUGCGCUCAGUCAGGGACCACUUCCUCGCUCGCUGCCCCACCGAGCUCACCAUUGCCCUCCUCGAGAAGGAACUCCUUGCAGCCGAGACUAGCAUAGUCGCUGUAGGUGCCUCUCGCGGUGACCCCCGCACCCCGCUCUUUGAGGGGUGUUCUCCCUCCCCCCUUCUUCCCUCUGUCGCCUCUGCUGCUGCUGUCGACCUCCUUGGUGCUGACAAGGUCGGGACUGCGUCUGCUUCGGGCGGACGCCGCAGCGGCAAGGGCAAGGGGGGCAAGGGCGGUGGUAGUGACAGCGGGGGUGGCGGUGGUGGGGGAGGUGGUGGCGGGGGGAGUGGCGCGGGUGGGGGAGGUGGCAGCGGUGGUGGGGGUGGCGGCAGCGGCGGGGGAGGUGGCCGGGGCGGAGGAGGUAGUGGGGGUGGCGGUGGACGAGGAGGCGGCAGGGGUUGGGGUGGUCGAGGAGGUGGUGGCGGGAGUGGUGGGCGUGGCGGCACUGGCGGUGGCCAGGGACAGCAGCACACUCCCUCGCCCCAGGAGGCCACUGAGCUGCCCCGCUGGCUGGAUCUCCUGAAGAAGGGGAUUGAUAUCUAUGCUCUAGAUUUUGAUGCUAUUCUCUUUGCCAUGUAUGUGAUGUCUACUAGUGGAGAGGGUUCUGAGUACCUGAGUGUCCCGCCCGACCCGGGCAUUAGGACUAGUGCGUCUGCUGCUCCAGGUACCCACGUGUCUGCUACCCCAGGUGCUGGUGAGGCUGCUGCUCUAGGUGCGUGCGUGUCUGGCCCCCCUGGUACUGUGUCGACUGCAGCACUGCACACCUUCACACUGGAUUCAGGUGCCUCUCGCUGUUUCUUUCGUGACCGCACUGCCCUUGAGCCCCUUGCUCGGCCAGUUGCUGUCUCCCUUGCUGACCCCUCUGGGGGUCCGGAUGGGGGUGUUCACCAGUUCACCCCUGCCUACGAGCGUGUGACACACUGCACGUGUGCUCGUACGGGCCGCCACUUGGCUACCUUCACCCGGCAGCCGGGGUCGGACCUGUACACACUGACUACUGCCUCCCCUCAGGUCGCUGCGUCUGCGUCUGCGUUUGCGUCCGCGUCAGGUCAGCUGUCUGCCCCCUGCUCGUGUCGCUCUCUAGCGCACAAGACUGUCCUCUGGCACCACCGACUUGGCCACCCGUCUGUGCAGCGCCUUCGUGCCAUGCACUCCCGGUACCUUGUCUCUGGUCUUCCCAGGGUUCUCCCUCCUCUCCCAUCCUCGCCUGCUCCUCCCUGCCUUCCCUAUGUCGAGGGGCGGCAGCGCGCCGCUCCUCACUCCUCCUCGUUUCCCCCGACGACUGCUCCUUUGCAGACGCUCCACAUGGACGUAUGGGGCCCAGCCCGCGUCCGUGGUCAGGGUCAGGAGAGGUACUUCCUGAUCGUUGUUGACGACUACUCGCGCUACACCACGGUCUUCCCCUUGCGCAUCAAGGGUGAGGUCCCUGAUGUUUUGAUCCCUUGGAUCCGCAGAGCUCGUCUCCAGCUCAGCAAGCGUUUCUGCUCGGACUUUCCUGUCCUGCGCUUGCACUCUGACAGAGGUGGUGAGUUCUCCUCCGACCUCUUGGCAGCCUACUGUGCUGAGCACGGCAUUGAGCAGUCGUUCACGCUUCCGGCCUCUCCACAGCAGAAUGGGGUUGCGGAGCGCCGCAUUGGCCUGGUCAUGGAGGUCGCUCGUACCUCCUUGAUCCAUGCGGCUGCCCCCUAUUUUCUGUGGCCGUUUGCGGUCCGGUACGCUGCGCAUCAGCUGAACCUCUGGCCCCGUGUCUCCUUGCCGGAGACCUCGCCCACACUGCUGUGGACGGGGGAGGUUGGCGAUGCGUCGCGUUUCCGGGUCUGGGGAUCUCGAGCCUUUGUUCGCGAUUCGUUUGCGGACAAGCUCUCCUCUCGUGCUGUUCCCUGCGUUUUCCUCGGCUUUGUUCCGGACGCGCCUGGUUGGUAG